CCAGAGUAGCGUCGUAACGACACUUUUUUCCCCAGUCCCUGUUAAAGAGUUAGACCGGGCCAGAGUUGGUGCUGGGGGGUCGCCUAUAGUUUAGUAAUUUCCUGGGGGGUAAUUGCUGCGUUUUUUUUUUUUUUUUUAAAACCCAUCAGAUUUUCUUUUCUUUUUUCUUUUUCUUUUUUACUUCUCUGAAAUAUCGCCACUCUCUCACUCUUAAGAUCUGAUACCCCUUCGAGAUUUUUCCUUUCAGAUCAUGAACAAACUAUAUGUUGGGAAUUUAAGUCCUUCGGUCACUGUCGAGGACUUGAAGGAGCUCUUCGGGGAGAGGAAGCUGCCAGUGGCCGACCAGGUCCUACUGAAAUCCGGCUAUGCUUUUGUGGACUUCCCCGAUCAGAACUCGGCCAUAAAGGCUAUAGAGACUCUUUCUGGUAAAGUUGAAUUACACGGAAAGCUGAUAGAGGUAGACUACUCUGUUCCCAAAAAACUAAGGAGUCGGAAGAUCCAGAUCCGGAACAUUCCCCCUCAUCUACAGUGGGAGGUUUUGGACGGCCUUCUAGCUCAGUAUGGUACUGUAGAAAACGUGGAACAAGUGAACACUGAUACAGAAACAGCAGUGGUGAAUGUUACGUACGCAACCAAGGAGGAAGCUAAAGAAGCCAUUGAGAAGUUAACAGGACACCAGUUCGAGGACUAUUCUUUAAAGGUGUCAUAUAUUGUGGACAUGGAUGCUGCUCCACCCGACCAGGCUCCCCGCACGCGGCGCGGGGGUCGGUCGUCCCGGGACCAGGGCGCCUCUCAGCCCGGGCCCUCAGGAGACUUCGGCACUCUACGCACCAGACAACAUGACUUCCCCCUGCGUAUGCUCGUGCCUACUCAGUUUGUGGGAGCCAUUAUCGGCAAGGAGGGCCUUACCAUCAAGAAUGUCACUAAACAGACACAGUCCAAGGUGGACAUUCAUCGGAAGGAAAAUGCAGGUGCAGCAGAAAAGCCCAUCACCAUCCACUCAACUCCUGACGGCUGCUCCUCUGCCUGUCGUAUGAUCCUGGACAUCAUGCAGAAGGAGGCCAACGAGACCAAGACGACAGAGGACAUCCCUCUGAAGAUCCUCGCCCACAACAGCCUUGUGGGCCGGCUGAUUGGGAAGGAGGGCCGCAACCUGAAGAAGAUCGAGGAGGAGACAGGGACCAAGAUUACCAUCUCCUCGUUACAAGACUUAACCAUUUACAACCCUGAGAGGACCAUCACGGUGAAGGGCAGCUUGGAGGCGUGUUGUAAAGCCGAGGUGGAGAUCAUGAAGAAAUUGAGGGAAGCCUACGAGAAUGACAUUGCUGCUAUAAACCAACAGGCCAACCUGAUCCCAGGCUUGAACCUGAACGCUCUGGGCAUCUUCUCUUCUGGUCUGCCGGUGCUGCCCCCUGCUGCUGGACCACGUGGUGCAGUGCCCCCUGUGGCACCAGCAGGAUACAACCCAUUCUUAAGUCACUCUUCACAUCUCAGUGCUCUGUACGGGGUUCCUCCAGCAAGUGCCAUCACCCACCAGCACUCACAACAGGCUCCAGAACAGGAGGUUGUCUACCUCUUUAUUCCAACUCAGGCAGUCGGGGCCCUGAUCGGCAAGAAGGGCCAACACAUCAAACAACUCGCCCACUUCGCUGGAGCUUCCAUCAAGAUUGCCCCAGCUGACACCCCAGAUGUUACUGAGAGGAUGGUUAUCAUUACUGGAACCCCAGAGGCCCAGUUUAAGGCCCAAGGUCGGAUAUUUGGGAAGCUGAAAGAGGAGAACUUCUUCUCAGCGAAGGAGGAGGUCAAACUGGAGACGCACAUCAAGGUUCCCUCAACUGCAGCUGGCAGGGUCAUCGGUAAAGGCGGCAAGACGGUAAAUGAGUUGCAGAACCUUACGAGUGCUGAGGUCAUCGUACCGCGGGACCAAACUCCAGACGAGAACGACGAGGUCUUUGUGAAAAUCACCGGGCAUUUCUUUGCCAGCCAGACUGCACAGAGGAAGAUCCGGGAGAUCAUUCAGCAGGUCAAACAGCAGGAACAGAAACACCAGCAGGGCGCCGCUGUGUCACCGCACUACUCCAAGUGACCAGCGUGGUGGCUCCAGCGGGCGCCAGCCAAUGAAUGUAGCCCUCCCAAACGGACAGAGACCUACCCAGACAAAGGCCAAGGCCAAGGGGGACAUGCAGGGCAGACCAGCAGCACCGGGAUCAAAACCAAAGAACUUCACGAGGGGGGAAACAAGUGAGAGCCAAAGGCUGAGGGCAUUGUGUGCACUGCCAGCCCUGUGAGAGCAGAUAGUGGUAGAAACCAUACUGAUAUAAUAUAACAAAAAAGACCAAAAAAAAAAAUAUCUACAAGAAAGGUGGAAAUGGCAGAGAAUUUGGGAACUGUUGUCUUCACAGUUAAAAAGGUAAACAGAUAUUAGUAUGUCGCCCUGUUAUCGUUAUCUCUUUAGUUGGACUAACAUAGGCCUAACAAACUGAUAAAGCAACUGUAUUAACACAAGCGUAAACGAGGCAUUGUGAUUGAUAUUUUGGGUUAGAACGAGAGCGAGUGACAAUGGACACCUUCUCUCUCAAGAGUUUAAGAUUUUCAGAUUUUCAGAUUAAAUAUCAUUAGCAGUAUUAACACAGAGUAGAAAAAUAUAUUGAUACACACUGAGAGUAUGCACUGUUAUUUUUCUAUCGAAAUGACAGUAGGCUACAGUGUGGUGUAGUUUUUAAUGUUUGCUUGUUCCAGAGAUUGAUUGGGCUGUGACAGCCACAUAAAGCAGUUUCCCUUGUUUGUUCACAUUAUAGGCCACUGAAAACAAAAAGAAAAACCCCUAUAAGUAAAUAUGGUGAAUGGUUCUGAGUCUUUGUAACAAGCCUGUGUGUGUGCCAACGCAAAAGAUAACGUCCCUUUGAAAUGUCUCUCAGCAUUCAUUUAAUGCUUCACUUCUUUUUUUCUUCUUCUUUUUUUUUUGCUUAUUUCUGCUUCACUUUCUCAUCACUCUCUCUCAUCUGGCAUGUUUUUUUUUAAAUAGGAUAAAAAUAUUUGUUAGUCAAGAAAGACAUUUUCCCCCGUUUGAUAACAUUGAACUGACUGCCACUUUCACUCAACAGAAGUUAAAUGCAACAGAGGGAUUUUUUACACCAGUAAACUGGUAUCACUCUCCCAUACUGUACAGUUGACUAUAUCUACAUCCAUGCUUGUUGUCCUGAAAAAAAAAAAAUCUAAAUGUAUGUCUCUACAGACAUUCUUGGCAAUCAGAGCAAACAAAUUGGUGAACCUUUGCUUGUUAACAGGUGACCAGUCAUUUUGAAUGUGCCCCGCCACACACUCGGCCUUUUGAGGACAUCACAAGGGCCAGGAAAAAAUUUGAGCUGAAGGCCCAGAAAGGAGA